UUCAAGCUUUGUGAACUGAGCACCAAAUUCAUGGAAUCCCAAUCCCCCAUUACACUCUCCCAAACAGAGCUUCAAACCGCCAUCUAUGGCGAAUGUCUCGAUUCCAUCGACCCCGACCUCUUUUAUGAUGAUUUCGAUAGCGCUUCCUCCACUCCUUACGUCAGUGCUCAUUCCAGCCCCUGCCGCGGCCCCAUUUCCGGCUUCUUUUACAGUGCUCCGGCCAGUCCUAUGCACUUUGCCAUCACCAAAAACCCUACCAACUCCUCUUCUACUUUCAUGGAGAAUCAGUCUUCUUCGUUUGAGUUCGAUUUCUCCGCUAGGUUUGGGUCUAAUGGCGGUUCGAGUUCCACGGCGUCGAUGAGCUCCGCCGAUGAGUUGUUUCAUAACGGGAAGAUACGUCCGAUGAAGCUUUCGACGCACUUGGAGCUUCCAUUGGCGCCGUUGCUGGACUUGGAGCUUGGAGAUGAAGAAGAAGGGGACGGAGUCGUUGAGUUUGUUCGAGGGAGGGAUCUGAGGUUGAGGGAUAAACUACAGCGGCGGAGAACUAGAUCCAUGUCGCCGUUCAGAAACUCGCCGAUUGAGUGGACGGAGAGCGAGAAUGGAGACGGAAUCAGUGUGGAAUGCUCUGUGACUGAGAAGGAAAAUUCUGAAGAGAGUGAAGUAAUCGAGAAGGUUGUAGAAACAGCUUCGAAUUCUGAGGCGAGUACUCCUUCGAUUUCGGCUUGUUCUUCGAGAUCGUCUUCUGCAGGAAGGAGCUCGAAGAGAUGGAUUUUUCUGAAGGAUUUUCUGUACAGAAGUAAAAGCGAAGGAAGAAGCAACACCAAAUUUUGGUCUAACAUAUCGUUCACUCCUGUGAAAGAAAAGAAAUCAGGAGGGGCAAACCAGAGUGUUGCUAAGCAAGAGUUCAUAAAUCCAUUGGUGGAUCGAUCUUCAGUGGGGAAGAAAGCAAAAGGAAGAGUUGGGGCGAAGAAAGAUGGGGGUGGAAAGCCUAGAAAUGGAGUUGGAAAGAGGAGAGUUGUUCCACCAUCGCCACAUGAGCGUCAUUACACGGCUAACAGAGCUCACUCAGAGGAGAUGAAGAAGAAGACAUACUUGCCUUACAGGCAAGGAUUGCUUGGCUGCUUGGGAUUCAGCUCAAAGGGAUAUGGAGCUGUGAGUGGAUUUGCCAAAGCUUUGAAUUCUGUCUCUUCCAGAAAUACUAAGCAGAAAGCAUAGGAGGCUUGUUUGGAAUCAUAUUGGGAGUUACUUACCCCACUUUUUAUUAUGUAGUUCAUUCUUAAACUAAGUACUUAGUUGAAUGUGGGUGAAAAGUAAGCAAAAGUGUCUGAUAGGGAGAGGUUUCCACACCUUUACCCUUAUAAGGAAUGUUUCGUUCCCCUCUCUAACCGAUGUGGGACUCACAAUCCACCACCCUUGGAAGCCUACCAUCCCUGGCACACCCUCCGGUGUCUGACUUUGAUACCAUUUGUAAUAGACUAAGUCCACCGUUAGCCGAUGUUGUCCUCUUUGGACAGGUUGGGGAUUGCUUGUAAUGAAUCGAUGCAAAGGGAAAAAAAAGGGAAAAGAGGAAAGAGUUGGGUGAGUGAUGUUGAUUGGUGAAGAUGUAAGGGAUUCCUGAAAUUGAAACGAAGAGGUGAGGUCCCACCUGUUUUUAUUGUGAAUAGCUUCUCUCUCUGAAUAUGCCCACCUACCUUAGUCCUCUA